UAAUUCAAUUUGCAUUUUACAAAAACAAGUGUCAAGUAAAUGAAACCACAAGAGAGUUUUUAUAAAAAUUACGAACACAAUUGUCUGCUUUGCAGCGAAGAAAUUCCAAAUGUCUUCUUAACAGCAGCUAAAAGUGUUCCUAGAAUAGGAAGAAGCAAUAAAGACAAUACAGAUUUUGAUAAAUUCUUUUUGAAGGCUUCCAAAUCGGUACCGAGAAUUGGCAGAAGAAAUGAGAAUCCAUAUUUACAUUACGACGAAGCUCAAAAGGAAUAUGCUACCAAAAAUAACUAUAAGUAUCCUACCUGGUCAGAAAUAGCUGAGAGAUACGAGUACGAGCCAGAACUGUUUACGAAUCCACAGACGCUACUAGACUUGGAGAAAGCUAUGGGAGAUGAUCCUUCCAUCUACGACUGGGACAAAGUACGGAUGAAAAGAAAAGCUCCAGAAUCAAAACCGAAGGUAGAUAACAAAAUGUAAUCAGUUAUAAUAAACCAAGAAAAUAAUACAACAACCAUAGAAUUAAGUUAAGUUAUUAUAGUUAUAAUGUAAAAAAAUUCCUACUUUCUUUGUUACACUAAUUAAUCAAGGUAGUGUGGAGAUUAAUCACUACUAUUUUUCUAACAUAUUGUUUAUCCUUUUUCUUAGCUAGAUUUAAAACGUCUAUAAUUUUUGUUCUAACUUCGAACUACUAAACUACGAUACAUACACCAUGCAUUGAAUGGCCACUUAGUGAAGAAUCUGCACAGUAGCGACACGACAUGAAUACCUAAAGUAUAACUAAUAUAAACAUAAUAUUAUGUUGUGCCCAUGUUCUCUACCUCAUUGUACUUAUUGAAAAUCUUUUAGAUCAGGUGGAAUUUUUCUGACAAUAUAUUUAACAUUUUAUCUCUAAGACAAUAUUAUCUCUUCGUGAUGUGCCUAUCCGUGACGAAUGUUGCCGAUCAUCAUGGCAAUCUUCACUUUAAGCUGCACAUACGUUGUGUUGAAUCAGGUACUGAGGUUCUUUAACAACGAUGUUCUUCUUCUUCCUGGACCUCGCUUUCCAAAUAUUUUUCCUUGCAGUAUGGCUUUUAGGAGGGCAUAUCUGGAUUCAUUUCGCAUAAUGUGCCCAAAGUAUUCCAACUUUCGAGAUUUGAUGGUGGGUAGUACUUUUCAGUUCUUACCCAUUCUUCUAAGGACCUCCUCAUUUGUGACCCGAUCAGUCCAUGGGAUUUUAAGAAUUCUCCGAUAUACCCACAUUCCAUAUGCUUCCAAUUUUCGGCACAUAUCUUCGUUCAAGAUCCAUGAUUCAACAUCAUAAAAAAGGAUAGAGAAGACACUAUUAUAGGAAAUUAUAAAGUUGCGCGACAAAGUUAAAUGUCGAGUGCGGUUAUUGUUCGUCCGCUAUAACUUUUCCCAUGCGUCACGAUUCAUUUUCAAACAAAUUAAGUCAAAACAUAAAGUGAAACGAACGUCGAUGUGUAUAUAUGUAUUUACAUUGCAAAAUUUAUGAAUUCAAUAAAUUUCAAUUUAACCAUGUUUAUUCAACAAGAUUCAGAGACAAUCACUUUAUGCUUCCACAACAUCGUUCUGUUUUGUUGGAAGGUAGCACACAUUAUGCAGCCAUAAGUUUCUUUAACAAAUUGCCAAUAGAUAUACGAAUGAAUUUACAUCAGCCAAACUUUCGGAGGUGUGUACAUCAAUACAUUUGUCAGCUAGAGCCAUAUUCUAAAAAUAACUUUUAAGUAUGUUUUGUCGUAUUUAUUAAUUAUACUUUUGUAUGUCUGUAACUUUGACUUGUCUCAUACAUGUACUUUGUACAAUGUCGCAUGUGAUGAAUAAAUUUGACUGACUUGACUGAUAUACAUUUUGUAUAUGUAUACUAUAUACUACACACAUCGGCGUACGUUUCACUUUAUGUUUUGACAUCAUUUGUUUGAAAAAGUUGUAGCGGGGAAAAGUUAUAGCGGACGAACAAUAUGUCAACAUUGAUUCGGCAUGUAGCUGUAUCACUGAGCUUUCAGAAAAUGCCUUUAUGGGAAUGUUUGUACAAUAUACAUAUUAACAUUUAGAAGAAAAUUUUUCGAGUAAAUGUAUACGUUCAUUGUUACCUUAAUCAGUAUUAUUAUUUAGGGGACUUUAUUACACUUAUAGAUAGAUUAUGUAUAUUCAGUUUAGUUUGUCGUUUAUCGUUUGGUAUAAAUCAGUAGCUGAAUCUUGACUGUCCUUGAAUGAGCAUUCAUCGAGAAAUGAUAUUCCCCCCCUCUCUCUCUCUUCCUGUACUAUUCAUCCAUCAGCUCACAUGAUUUCACUCUCCGAUUUCCAAUUCUAAACUGCAGUCUUUUUGUAUACUGCAAAUAUUUCUCUGGCUGGCACGCUGGCUAGAAUCAUCAAUAUAGUAAGUAAACUACACACUUCAAUGUAUAUCUUCCACAACUCACUAUCUAAAGCCCAUUGAGCUCUCGAGAUAACUUUUAUUUUUCUCAUUUUUGUAUUUAAGAGGAAACAGUAGCAAUCAACAGGUAGCGAAAACGCGUUCCAAGAUUGCGGCUGUAAUUUUGAAUAUUUUUUCGAGAUAUUUGGCACACUUAUUCGUAAUAUAAUAAAGAAUGGCGGUACAGAGCCCAAUUUGAAAAAUAUAUUAAUAUGUGGAAAUUACUCUGUAAUUAAAUACAAUAUUAAAAAAACGAGCCUGUACCGCCAUUAAGAAGAACAAAAAAAUACACUUUCUUCAAAUAAACUUUUUUAUCCGAUGCCUAGAUUUUGUGUCAUUUUGGAACUACUAAAAUUUUUUAUUUCAUUAGUACAUAGUUCCAAAAUGACACAAAAUCUAGGCAUCGGAUAAAAAAGUUUAUUUGAAGAAAGUGUAUUUUUUUGUUCUGCUUAAUGGCGGUACAGGCUCGUUUGUUUAAUAUUGUAUUUAAUUACAGAGUAAUUUCCACAUAUUAAUAUAUUUUUCAAAUUGGGCUCUGUACCGCCAUUCUUUAUUAUAUUACGAAUACGUGUGCCAAAUAUCUCGAAAAAAUAUUCAAAAUUAUAGCUGCAAUCUUGGAACGCGUUUUGGCUACCUGUUGAUCGCUACUGUAUCACCUUAAUAGACUUACGGUAUUUUCCUAGAAGGCUUUGCCAUAAAUAUUAUUAGCAAUAUUUCUUCUUGUUUGAUGGGUUCCUUUAGUAGUCGACAAUUCUUCUUCUUCAGCGUUUGUUUGCAUCCACUUCUGGACAAAGGCCUCUUCAUGAGUCCUCCACUCUUCUCUGUUUUGUGCUAUUUGGUGCCAGUUUCUCCCCACUUUGGCUUUGAGGUUGUCUAGCCAUCGUUUUUGUGGUCUUCCUCUAAUACGACUGAGGUCGCGCGGUCUCCAAUGUACAAUGUUUCUCGUCCACCGCUGGUUGUUUUGCCGUGCCACGUGCCCUACCAAUUCCAUUUCAUUUGCUCAAUUCUUCCAGCUUCGUCCUGCUUCGCACGUCCUCGUUUCGAAUAUGUUCUCUCAGAGAUACUCCCAACAUAGCCCGUUCGAUGGCCCUUUGUGUUGUUCUUAAUCUAUUGGCUCGCAAUUCUGUAAGUGUCACGGUCUCCAUUCCAUAAGUCAUAAAUGGUAGAAUAAAACCGUUGAAUACCCUUUUCAAUACAUUUAUUGGUAUCUUUUUGUUUUUCAACAAAUUACUGAGUCUACCUACCGCUGCCCAGGUCAUUGGGAUUCUUCUGGUUAUCUCUGCCGUUCGAUUCUGGUUGCCUAGUUUGAUCGUGUGACCUAGGUAUAUAUAUAUAUAUAUAUAUAUAUAUAUAUAUAUAUAUAUAUAUAUAUAUAUAUAUAUAUAUAUAUAUAUAUAUAUAUAUAUAUAUAUGUACUCUUCGACACUUUCUAUUUCAGUUCCAUCUAAGUCGAUUGUGAUAUUUUGAUUUGUAAUCACUUUUGUUUUAUUUAAAUUCAUUCAGUCGACAAUUACUGAGUUUGUAUUAUAGUAAUACUGGUAUCAAUACAUUAUAGUUUAUUGUUUUUAUACAGUUCUAUCAGACACGAAGCCAUUGAUACAUAGAGCCUUACCCGCUGGACUUUAUGUGAGUGUACGUUUAGUAUAUUUCAUAUCUGUCAAACUUAUUAUUUUAUGAGCAACCGAUAUUGAUUUCUCCAAAAUGUCUCUACAUGCGAUCAUGGCUUCUAGAGAUGUGGGCUAUCAGGUACUCAAACUGCAUUACUUAUUCAAUAUUUUUGCACCUCUUAGAAUUUUACGUUCUAACCUAUGACUAAUUCUGGUAGAACCAAUAAAUGUGCCUUUGCAGAUCUUGCCAAAUAAAAUAGAAAUGAACCAAUACUGUCCCUUCGCCCUCAUUCUUUGAGCUCUUUUCAGAGCGUGCUUAUACUCUAAUAUUUGCUGCUUCAUUUUGCUAGCAGAGCCUUCAUUUUGUCUGUUCAUCUUGUUAAAGAUCUUCCUCUUGCCCACACUUCCAUUAGAUCUAAGAGAUCUAUUGUGGCUAACCCCUAGGUUAAAGUUGUUGAUCCUGGUAUCCUUUUGCCCUGAUUCUAAACCUGGUUGAGUGCAGUAGGAUGGGAGUCAGUAUUAUUGUUCGUAGUAUUCUUUAUUUGGGUAAUUUAAAUUUAAGCAUUAUACAUUAUAUUUAAGUAUUUUAUUUAAUUAAUCUGUUUAUAAUAUUUAAUUAAUUUAUUGUAUUUAAAUAAAUAUAGUUUGCAUGA